CUAAAACGAUUUCUCUUUCUUUUUCUCCUUAUUAUUCAUUUCUUUCACUUAUUUCUCCAUCUGUGUAAUGACGUCUGAAAGAGAAGAAGCCAAUAAUGCUAGAAGAUUAUCACUGCCUGACCUCACCAAACUCAAAGACGAGUGGGAUCGUAGAGAAGCUAUCCAAGCAACAGCUCAACUUUCGCCUGGAAGACUACAGAUUGAUUUACUUAAUGUGCGAAGCGAUGUCGUUGUGACAAGACCUCUCAUGAGACUCAGGAUGGGCUCACAGCACUACUUUUCUUCUCGAUCGAAGCAUGGCAACGGCAACUGGAACGAGGGCUUUUUGUUUACGAUUUCCUAUCACAAUCAAUUGUUUGAUACUAUUGAGUUGGAUCUGUACGAUAAGAAGAAAAAGUGGAGAUCAACAACAAAGCACAUCGGCAAGGCUAAAUUAAAGAUUGCCAAAUUAAAAGACAGAGACGAUGUAUUUAUCACGUUUCUACCAAUGUACGAGUAUCAUGUAAAACGUUAUUUACCAGCACACAUUCAACUACCACACACGUUCCUCAAGUCACAUAUGCCAAACAUGUCCAAAUUCACACAGUAUGGAUACAAUCAUUUUGGCGGAAAAAAGACCGCCAAAUCAUGUCAUGACAAUGAUUCGGAAGAUGAACUGUAUUUAGAUGUACCACCUGUUUAUAGACAACAUUCAAGCCAUAGUAAACAUUCAAUGACACCCUUUAUUGGUUCCAUUCAAGUCAGAGUGCGUUAUUCAUUUCAACACCCACCCGAGGAUCCUGAAUCAGACACAUUAUCUCCUUUAUAUUUUAAUCACUCCAAAUCAAAUGAUAAUUUCAGUAUAUUGACAACAUCCCGAAAAAGCAGUGUUUACAGUAGUUCUAGCAAUGCAUCAUCACACAUCCAUCAGCAACAGAAUGAGUUCCAUGAUGCAGUGGAGCCCAAAUUAGUGGUGGUGGAUGAUUUACAACAAAUUAUCAAUUCUCCUACCACCCCCAAACCCAAAGUCUUGUUUAAAUCGGAAUCCACCGUAGAUUUAAUGUUUCAUCAAAAGCUCGAUAAAGGACGCCGACACAUUAAUCUGGAACAGUACAAAGUAGACUUCCCUAAAAUGGAUGGAGAAAACAAGAAGCGGGAUCUAGAUGUUUCCGAUACCGCCAGUAUUAAAAGUCAUAACUUUGGGGAUAAGAAUUUCGCCUUCAGAUGGAUUAACGAGUCAUUUGAAGAGGUUGCUAUCUCUCAUCCUAGUCUGGAUCGUAUGAUCGGCAUGGUCGUCAGUCCUCAAACACGUAUCUUGUUGCGUGCCGUUGUUAAAAUGUUUAAUGCCUUUGGUCAAGGUUUCAAAAUUACCAUCCUUCAACUGUUGGCCUCUCUCUCGCUCUUGCAAACAUUCUACUCAGAAGUACCAAGAUCACCACUGGCUGAAAAAAUCACUGAUUUGAAAUUUGUGGAUGAUUCGUAUUACUUCUUGGGACAUGCCAUCAUUGCUUAUGGAUGGCGCGGUAUUUCUUAUUUAGGAGAUUAUGCCAAAUACCUAAAGGACGUUGUAAAGACAAAAUCUAAUAAGGAAGCGAUUGUCCGAUACUUAAAGAUCCCACAAGAAGAUCUUUUAGGUUAUGAAUAUGGAUUACGUAAAGGUGCGGUAUUUCAACCGAGCUACUUUGUCUCGUAUGAUCGUGGUCGUGAAGCUAUUGUUAUGGGAAUUCGAGGAACUUGGAGUUUGUAUGAUUGUAUCACCGAUCUUGUUUGCGAAUAUAGACCUUGGAAAGGUGGACUUGUCCACUCAGGUAUUCUCGCUUCAGCACAAUGGUUCUUCACCCGUAUUAUUCCCCAGAUUUUUCUUUAUGUCAGCGAACAAAGAGAGUUAAAUAAUCGACCCAUCUCUUCUUUCAUCAUAACUGGUCAUUCUUUGGGUGCAGGCACUGCUGCUGUAUUGACUAUGAUGGUAGUGGAUCAUAUCGAGCAAUUAAGAGAAUUAUCCAACAAUCCCGAUUUCAAGGUUCAUUGCUAUAGUUACGCUCCGGUUGCAAGUGUUUCACAAGAUUUAUCUGAGAAAUACAAGGAUCACAUUGAUAGUUUUGUGUGUCAGGAUGAUCUGGUCGGAAGACUUUCUUACGGUACUGCCUCAUGUGCCAAAGAACUCAUUAUGGACUCAUUGAUUGCUGUAGAUGGAUUUGGUGGCACCACAAAAGUGAUGGCCAACUCCAAGAAAUUUAUCAUGGUAAAGAACCCAGAUAUCCUUUAUUGUAUGUACCUGGUACAGUCUACCAAUUCAGACGAGGUGGAUCUAAAACAGCCUCAAAACUACCCACACAAGAUAUUAAAUUGCCCGGUACAAAUCCAAUCAAUAGUCAAGAACCCGAGCCCAAGUUACGAAGAAGCGCUUCUACCUCAUCACGCACAAAAUCACAAAAGCCACCAUUUGUGCCCAGUCCAUCUGAACCUGCUUUACCAACGGCAGAAGAAGUCACAUUUACUUUACACCGUUCUUCUCCCAUGCUUUCGGAAGAAGUUUUGA